GGGCAGAGUGCGGACGGCGCGUGUGUGUCUGUGUGUGUGUGUGCGCACGCCAGACUGGAGCAGGCUUGGUUCAGGCUGUCAUUUGAGAAAUAUCCCAUCGGCCGUGUGUAAUCUCCUUUACGUAAAUAUUUGCCCAACUGUUCCCAAGCUCUUCAAAUUCCUCUGUAUCUCUGUCAAGGCGAGGGAUGUGCCUGGCACUCCAGCCGUAGCCGGCACUGGGCAGUCUGAAGCGAGAUGGGCUCAGAGGAGCGCAAUUCAGCCAUGUCUCAGAAGAUCUCCUCCUUGUCACGCAGCAACAGCAGCUCCUCAUCCAAACAUGACAGCCGACAGGACAGCUGGGAAAUAGUGGAGGGCCUGCGAGGAGGCUUCGGCAAUGUCCUGGAGCCCCAGAAACAGGAGGGCUACAUGCUAAAGAGGAGAAAGUGGCCCAUGAAGGGCUGGCAUAAGCGAUACUUUUUCCUGGACAAGGGCAUCCUGAAGUAUGGCAAGUGCAGUGCUGAUAUUGAGAAAGGGAAACUGCAUGGCUGCAUUGACGUUGGUCUCUCUGUCAUGGCUAUUAAGAAGAAAGCAAAGUGCAUCGAUCUUGAUGCCGAGGAAAACAUCUAUCACCUGAAGAUUAAAUCACAGGAGCUGUUUGAUGAAUGGGUGUCCAAGCUGCGUCACCAUCGGCUCUAUCGGCAAAAUGAGAUUGCCAUGUACCCUAAUGAGAAGUCCUUGUACUAUCCCCACUGCCCCUCCCCCAACUCCCCCAGCAUGGCUGAGAGUGCCUCUAUCAGAAAGUGUAUGUCUAUACGAAGGCAGUCCACAGUGCAUUCUGUAGGAGCCUUCCCUUUAAGCUGCAACAGCCAGGCCAAGGUAACAGCUUGGCUCCAGUCAUCUGAUGACAUGGACAAGUGCUCCAAAGACUUGUCAGUCUGUGAAGCCUACCUGCUGGAGCUCAACCACCUGCUUCAGAGUAUGGAAGUCCUCCAUCGUACCUAUUCUGCUCCAUCUAUCCAAGCCCUGCAGCCCUUAAAGGUACUAUAUGCAUCUACAUUUGACAGCCCCAAGAAAGAAAAGAGACAUCCAAGGAAAUGGCGCGCUAAAAACUACAACAAAGAUGUCAAAACAACUCUGCAGGUACCCAGCUGCAUCUCUGCUGGCUCUAUCCGCCUCCAUGCCUCUAACCCCAACCUCUCCACCGCUGCACUCGGCAAUGACAAAGCCGACUCCGAAUCACUGGAUUCUCCUUUUGAUGUGGCCAAGCUGCAGGAGGACUUCUGCCGUAUUGCCACCAACUUGCAUGCGACCAUGAAGUCAGCCCUGAGUUCACUGACAUCUGAGAGAGAGAGAUUAAAGCAAAGUCUGGACCAUGAAACAUGUCCCUCUAACUCACCACAGGUUGUCGGUUUGAAGAACGCACUGGUAACGGGUCAGUAUUGGGUGAGUAAUAUAAUUUGGGCUCCCAUUGCUUCUUGUCUGAUGUCUGCAGUGACAACACAUACACACGUCUCUAUAGUAAAGGCUUUAGCCCAGAACUCUGAGCUGAGAGAGCGCCUGUGCAAGAUUCAUGCUGAGUCCCAGAUCAUAGAGCCCACACUAAUAAAUCUCACUGCCCCCGUACAGAAACAGGAUUCUGUGGAUGAAUCCCGCUCCCUCGUACACCAAGCAUCCAAUGAAAGCAGAGCUUCAAUUGCAGAGUCUCUGUCUGAGUUCUUUGAUGCACAGGAAGUUCUGUUGUCUGCUAGUUCCUCUGAAAAUGAGGUGUCAGAGGAUGACUCAUACAUUAGUGACAUUAGCGACAACAUUUCCAUGGACAACUUCAGCAAUGGGACAGAAUGUGAGAGACCAAACUCAGGCUCUGUGGAAGAUGGCACUGUCCUCUGUCAGCGUAGAUCCUGUCUGCCCUCUCCCAGCCCCAACGACAGCACCAUCAGCCUCUGGAACAUCCUCAGGAACAACAUCGGCAAGGACCUGUCCAAAGUGGCGAUGCCUGUGCAACUUAAUGAGCCGCUCAACACCCUGCAGAGACUGUGUGAGGAGCUGGAGUACAGCGAGCUGCUAGACAGAGCUGCUAACACACAGGACCCUUUUGAACGUAUGGUAUACAUAGCUACGUUUGUUGUAUCAGGCUAUGCAUCCAGCUACUACAGAACUGGGGGAAAGCCUUUCAACCCUGUCCUGGGAGAGACAUAUGAAUGUGACCGGCCAGAUAAAGGCUUUCGAUUUGCUGCAGAGCAAGUCAGCCAUCACCCACCAAUCUCAGCUUGCCAUGCCGAGUCUAAAAACUUUGUGUUCUGGCAAGACCUGAGGUGUAAGAACAAGUUCUGGGGGAAGUCAAUGGAAAUUGUUCCUGUGGGUACUACUCAUGUAACUCUGCCAGAAUUUGGAGACCACUAUGAGUGGAACAAGGUGACUUCCUGCAUCCACAACAUUCUCAGUGGACAGCGCUGGAUUGAGCACUAUGGGGAGAUCUCCAUCAGAAACUCCAGCAGUGAUAUUUGCCAGUGCAAGAUCACUUUUGUUAAGGCCAAAUACUGGAAUUCAAGUGUGAAUGAGGUGGAGGGAACUAUCACAGAUCAGAAAGGGAAGGUUGUCCACAGACUCUUCGGAAAGUGGCACGAAGCAGUUUUCUGUGGAAACCCGCCUUCAGCCACAUGCAUCUGGAGAGCAAAUGCAAUGCCAGUAGACCAUGAGCAGUACUAUGGUUUUACCAAGUUUGCUAUUGAACUGAAUGAGUUGGACCCGUCUCUGAAACUGCUGCUACCACCUACAGACACCAGACUACGAGUAGACCAAAGACUUCUGGAGGAGGGGAACUUGGAGGCUGCAGAGGAGCAGAAGCAGAGGAUUGAGCAGCUGCAGAGAGACAGACGCAGAGUCCUGGAGGAAAACAACGUAACACAUCAACCUACAUUUUUCAGGAGGUCAAAGGAUGAUACCUGGGUGAGCAACAACACAUACUGGGAGCUGAGGAGGGACCUUGGCUUUGCACACAUCAAUUUCCCUACGCUGUGGUGACCCCUGAACUGCAGAUCACACACAUUUCGACCUGCACAGCCUCCACUGUAAUCCAGGCUGGGUCUGGGGAUGUCUGUGUUCCAGUCUUGCCAUCCACAUUCAGUACUAUCUCCUUUACUGCAGUUCAUCAAAGCUACAGCCUUAAUAGCAAGUGCUUAUUUAAGUUGUGUAAACAUGUUUAUGCAAGCAUACUAUGAGAAUGUUGAUAAACUUAAGCGAUUUUUUUCCCACAUUUCCACCUGUAAUAUUACACUGUGCAACUGAAACUGACAAAAGGAAAUCUAUUUGAUAUAAAAGAUGACAAAUGCUUCUCAUAACUGGUCUACACUAGCUUCACAUGUACUGAACAACUGGUCACCUUAGCUGUCGUCUUAUCAUGGACAUUCUCUACCUCGGAGAUAAACUAGCCUUGAUAUGCUGUCGAAUAAGUGUACACAUCGAAUAGUUAUUCUGCACCUGCCUGAUGCCUUACUGGUUAUACUCGUAUUGUUUAAUUUAUUUUUUGUUGCAUCUCUUAAAUGUUUUAAAGAUAUAUGUUUUGUAAGGCAUUCUUCAGAACAAACAGUGGUUCACAUGAUCUGUAAUCCUGACCGAACUUUUCUUUCUGUCUCACAACUGUAAUUACCGCUUUUUGCUAUGAUUGUGCAGCUAUGAGCAGCAGUAGCAAACAUCAAAUCCAUCCAUUUUUCACUUUAUCCACUGCACUGUUGUCUACAUGGACCCUGGGCUUUGGGACCAAAAGUGUCCAAAAUUAUGCUCCAUGAGCUAAAAUAAAAUCUC